AAUAUCGAUACAAUUAUCGCCGACCUUACAUCAAUAAUUUUUAGUUCGUAUAUAUAGGUAUAGACACCAAGUCAAUCAAUUUGCAUAGGAAGUUAAAGAACGUGGACGUUCGAAUCUAUUCGCAGCAUUCCCGAGCAUUUCUGAAAAAAGGGUAGCUCAUGAAAGAAAGCGAUGGCAGACAGAUACGCUUCAGAUUUGGCUCUUGUCGUCGUUGCGCAAAUAACGCAAACUAUUGGUUACAGCUGCACUCUAAGUGCACCCUUGGAGUUGUUGCAAGACAUAUUGCAGAAGUUUGUACAGGAAUUCGCGCAAGACAUGCAUGGACAAAUGGAGCACGCAAAUCGGAUCGAGCCUAACCUUAAGGAUGCACGCCUCAGUAUAAAAAAUCUCAGCAUAAAUGUUCAAGAACUAUUGGACUACAUAGGUAAUGUGGAGCCUGUUGGAUUUAUCCGGGAUGUACCGCAGUUUCCCAUUGGAAAAUCCGUAAACAUGAACUUCCUUAAGCCUGGAAACGCAGAAACUCUAACCCGACCUGUCUACAUAUUUGAGUAUUUGCCACCAAUGCAGGACCCUGAACUGCGUGAAAUUCAGAACGAAGUUCAAAAAGAAUUUUCGGAAAAGCAAGAGUUUUGCUCAAAUUUAAAAAGUGUGGCCGAUAAGUUGGGCACCAGGCACAUUGAUUCUAUCUCCCCUAAUGCGGUCAUGACCUUCCAGCCAAAUGCCUUUGACUUGGAUGUUGGUCGCUCAGUCCGCGAAAUGAGCAGCGUUGUAAUGACAAGCGGGGGAUUCAUAAGUCCAGCUAUUGAAGGCAAGCUACCCGAAGAUUUCAUUCCGGAUAUAGUUGAAAAAUUUUUAGGUUUGGAUGCACCUCUUUCAUCGUCGAUAAUUGUAAAUCCGGUAGAAAACUCUCCAAACCUGGCUAUUUCUGAUAGAGAAACAGCAGGAAAUCCACGAAAAAUCAUUCCCAAGCAAUUCUCAGAAACUAAGAUCACACAAAAUGCUGCAUUAUUGACAAGUGCGCAUUUAGAGUCUUCAAUAAUAUAUUCGUCUAACAUCCAUCCGAUGUCAACAAUAUUACCUGCUACAACACCUAAGAAGUACAAGAAACAGAAACAUGAUUUAAUAUGCGAGACGGGCAAAAGCGAACAGAUAAUUAACACCUUUGAAAAAUCUCAGGAGAAGUCCCAAAGAAAAGCGUUAAAAAUUUAUCAACAGACCUCAAUGAACCAAAGUGACACCUCAAGUAACCAAUUGCAAAACAUGAAAAAGUCUAAAAAACGAUUCAAUCGAGGAUCAUCCGACAGUAAUAAAAAACAUUUAGAAAAAAUAUUCAAAAAGCAGUCCAAACAUAAACAAAAGGAUCAUCAACCGGACAUUGACGAGUUAUCAUUUUUGCAGAAUUCUCAAACUUCGAACUGUCUUGCCAUAGAAGCUAACACAAAUACUGAAAAUGCUUUACAAGCUGAUAUCCCUAGUCAGCCACUUACAGCAAUAAGCCAGAUUGAGAGUAAUUUUCAAAGUUCAAUUAAUCCAGUGCAGCCAUGUGUAAUUCAAAAAUCGCCAGUGCUAUUGCCAGCAAAAAAAAUCGCAUCAGAACCAGAACGAAGUAAAUUGGACGUUUUUAAGAAAAUUUCUAAGCCACGAACAUCACGGCAAGAUGGAGCGAUUGCAGUACCUCCUGGAAUAGGGUUAUGUGUAUUUGGAAGCACAAUGACUACUCCGCCAUUAAUUAGUCUUCCAUCUGGGACUACUAUAACGCCUACACCUUCACUUGGUCCAAAUUCUGAAAGCAUAAACGUUUCGAGCAUGAAAUUCAACCCUUGCGGUAUAUUUGAUCGAACUAUACCUUUAACUAAAGCAGACGUUGAAAUGUCAAUUAUUGAUCCGACAAAGCCAAAAAAGCGAGGUCGCAAACCUGGCGGGAAAAAUGUUAUAAAACAUACAAAUUUUGUAUCGCAAUCUUUAAUUGAUUCGGUCGAACAGAAAAAGUCAAGUCAAACUAUUACACUACCUCUAGCAUCAUCUCCAGUGUUAAUUACACAAAGUUCUUUAAACGUAUCUCCGCCAACAGAACCUCUCAACUUGUGUAAUACCGAACAGGCUUCGAAUGAUUUUUUGGAAAACUUGUAUGCAAAAGUUAAAAAGGAAAAAAAGAAGUACAAAUCAAAAUACGAUACAUGCAUACCAGAAAAUUUAAUGAAAUUCAACAAGGGCUGUUCUCCUGAAAAAACAUCAACACUGAAUAAUUCUAUUCGUGCCACCAAACAAAAUAAUGAUAUACAAUGUCCAGAUAAAUUUGUAACUGUUUCCAGCGCCUUAUCAAAUGCAUCAAUUUACCCUGGAAAUCAAACUGGAAUGGUUCCGUUACUUCCACUAUUGCAAUUUCCACCACGACCUGGUCUUAUUCCUACUGGGCCCGGGCUUUUUCCUGCAGUCACUGGUCUAGUCGGUUUUGGGAAUCACGGAAACAAAAUCCCUAUUUCACCGUUCAUAGAGUAUUCUGGACCAGAAGGAUCUGUUGCGGAUACUGUUCGUUGUCCAUCAAUUAAAGAUUCUACUGUUACUGAUACUGAUAAAUUUCUGAGCCGUCCUUCCACGCAAACUGACUUGCAAAUGGAUCGAAACUACUGCAACGUUGCUCCAUUGAUACCCGACUCUAUGAAAUUUACUGACCGUAAAAGCGUAUCUUGUGCCAGCACUUGCUUUGAAAAAUCAUCUGCACAGGCCACAAGCAAAAUGAACACGAAACCACUUAAACAGGCAUCUGGAGAUCCUGAUGAUCCAAUUGAGGUUUCAGAUGAUUCAGAUGAAUCAUUACACAACACGCAGAUGGUUCAAAGAAAAACCCCAAUAUCAUCUCCAACUUAUGUUAGAACCAGCUUUGCAGAAUCACAGCCCCCCUCGUUUAUUUCAGCUACAUCUAUUGGUGAAGACAAAUCCAACAUGGAACUAAGAAAUCUUGUGUCUCUAAGCUCUAACGAAUCAAUUAAAAAAUUAAAAAAACCUGUUAAAUUGAGCUUUCCCGAUGUAAAAAGCGUAACGCACACGCUAUCUCCACAUUCAUCAUUUCCGCAAUUUAAUUUGCCAAAUUUUAUGGGUGGUGACAAGUUCAGUUUAGCUGGGGGCGCAGAUCUAAUUCCUUUGUCGAGAAUGAGUGGUUCGGCAAAUUCCACAAAAAUAGCUUCUUUCAGUAGCUUAGGUGGAAGCAAUAUUGUACCGAAUCAAAUGAAAAUUUCAGAAGAGCACCGUAUUUUGUCUACAUUUUCUAACUACGAAGAUAUUACAAUAACACCAACUGGACCAAUGGCGUUGGAACCCAAAAUACGCAAACAUCAUAAAAAGCUAAAGAAAGUGAAGGAGGGGAAAAUUAAAAAAAAAAAAGAGAAAAAAGACAAAUCAAAGAGAAAGGAUCGGAUUGGUUUACCAUCUUUUAAAUCUGACCGAAAAAUAAAAGCCACUGAUAAAAGGCAAAAAAAAGAAAAGAAAAAGGAUAAAGAUAAGCAGAUUUUAGUCCAUAUACCAGAUGACACAGAAGAAUUUACCAAGGUGCCUUUACCUAGUAACGUUGAACCUGUAUUGAAAUCAAGUUCCAUGACAAUAAAUCCACCGUUAGAUGCCACAAGUGGAAUGUCUCCAAAGUUACACCAGUCUCCAAAUCAAAUACCAAAACUUACACUGAAACUUAGCGGAAAAUCUACAUUAAUUUCGUCUUCAGAAAAUGAGUUGUCACAUGCAGGGAAACUAAAGCAAACAACUAUUUUUCCGUUAGAAAAGAAGGAGCGUGAACGGGAUAAUUCUCCGGAGCUUGCUCGUUUUUCCCCAUUGGUAACCGGGCCGCCUAAAAACAAACCAUCUGAUACACUGCUUUUAGGAAACAGUUCUACGUUAGUCUUACCAGUACCUGCCCCAAUAGCGCUGCGUACCGCGUCACUUCCUGUUAGUCAAACGUCAUCUAAUUCUGUCGGUUGGUUAUUAAACCCUAGUAACAGCAAUGCUGCCUCUUCCACGCUUUCGGCUAGUUCCGUUCUAUUACCACAACAGUUGAUGUUGGCGCCUGGUACGAUAAUGAAUAACUGUGUACCAGUAAUAAGCAAUAGUACAGGAACAGUGCCAAAAAGUGGAUUAUGUAGUUCUCCCCUAAAUAUAUCCGAAGAAAAUGCAAAUGCUAUGCAAAUUACGGAAUCAAGUCGUCCAUCGUCAUAUGUUGACGCCGAGGGUAACCGAAUAUGGAUUUGCCCCGCUUGUGGAAAGGUCGACGAUGGAUCUGCGAUGAUUGGAUGUGACGGAUGCGACGCUUGGUAUCAUUGGAUUUGUGUUGGUAUAACCUUUGCACCGAAGGACAACGACGAUUGGUUCUGUCGUGUUUGUGUAACAAAAAAAAGAAUUCACGGGUCUGAAAAAAAAAAAAGACGAAACAAAAAAAAGUGACUUCUAAUUAUUUAGAGUCAAGUUUGUUUAUUUAUAGUUUUAUUAUACGUUGUUUUUUGUACGUUUACCUUGACAACUAUUAGGUUUUUCGGUCGUAUAUCAAGUUAUUACCUUAAUAAAAUUCGCAACACCAAA